CUGUGGGCUAUAAAUAGAUCUCCUUCACUCUCGCCUAGUCUCUCUCGCACAUUAUCUUCUUCUUACUCUUUGAAACAUUCUCUCAACGGAUAAUCUCCUCUAACUCAGAUGAUCGGAGACUUUGUUAACAUGGAAGCUACUGGGGGAUAAGACUUGCAAUGUCCUAUGGCCUUUGCUGACAAUUGGGAGAUGUUUACAAAGAAAGACAAUGGGUUCUUAAGAAACAGUCGGCCUAAAACAAAAGGAAGCAACUAUUUUAUGAGCGAAAGCUCUGGUAUGGAAUAUCAGUCAGACUGGUUGAAACAUUGGACGUCCUUAGUGUUCACCACUCAAGUGAUUUGUUCUGUGAAACCUUAUAUGCCCUGGUCUUGUAAAAUCCCUAUAGGUGACGGAUAUCACGAAUUUCUUUGAUUAAUUAUUUGUCAUUCCAAAACAUUAUUAAAAUUUUUGGGAGAUACAUGUAUGAGAAUCAUUUGCAUCUCUCAAGAUUCAUUUAUUGUUACUAUCUGAAAAAUGCCUGGCUUAAUUAGUGGAAAGAAGAGAUUCACAGAGCAAGAUAUGUUCUUCUCUUUGGGAAACCAUGAUACACUACCUCGGUCAAAAAGCAAUCCUCAUUUACCUAUUCAUGUCUCUGAUGACUUUGACAGCCCAUUAUUACCGGGCCUACCUGAUGAUGUGGCAAAGUAUUGUCUUGCACUUGUUCCCCGUUCCAACUUUCCAGCUAUGGGCUGUGUCUGCAGGAAAUGGAGGUCUUUUAUGCAGAGUAAAGAAUUGAUCACUGUGCGGAAGUUAGCUGGUGUGCUUGAGGAAUGGCUUUAUAUCCUGACCAUGGAUGUUGAGGGAAAGGAAAGCCACUGGGAGGUUUUGGACAGCUCAGGACUUAAACAUCAUCAUCUUCCGCCAAUGCCAGGGGCAAUGAGGGCAGGCUUUGGAGUGGUUGUUCUUAAUGGAAAACUUCUUGUCAUGGCUGGUUAUUUGGUGGUCAAAGGUACUGGUCCGGCCUCAGCAGAUGUUUAUCAAUAUGAUUCUUGCCUCAACAGCUGGAGCAAAUUAGCAGAUAUGAAUGUGGCUCGUUAUGAUUUUGCUUCUGCUGAAGUUAACGGCAUGGUUUAUGUAGUUGGGGGCUAUGGGAUAAAUGGUGACAGUCUCUCGAGUGCUGAGGUGUACAACCCUGAUACUAACAAGUGGAGCAUAAUAGAAAGCCUCCGAUGCCCAAGGUGGGGUUGUUUUGCUUGUGGGUUUGAUGGAAAACUGUAUGUUAUGGGUGGAAGGUCAAGCUUUAGUAUUGGGAACUCGAGGUUUGUUGAUGUAUACCACCCUGAACAACAUGCCUGGUUUGAGAUGAAGAGCGGUUGUGUGAUGGUCACUGCACAUGCUGUGCUGGGAACAAAGCUCUUUUGUAUCGAGUGGAAAAACCAGCGGAAACUGGCAAUAUUUGAUGCAAAGGACAACUCAUGGAAAGUUGUACCUGUUCCGCUGACAGGCGGCUCAAGCAUUAGGUUUCGAUUUGGUAUCCUGAAUGGUAAGCUGCUAUUAUUCUCUCUAGAAGAAGAUCUUAGUUAUAGUACUCUGUUGUAUGAUCCAAAUGCAGCCCCAGGAUCAGAGUGGAAGACUUCUGAGAUCAGGCCGUCAGGCUUCUGCUUGUGUAGUGUGACAAUCCAAGCAUGAUGAUCACUACUUGCUGGAAAUUUGAAAAAUUCUUUGACGUUCAGAAUGCUUCUGCAUCUUCUUUGAUAUGCCGUGUGAACCUAAUUAAUUAGGUUAAGGUAGUGGCACUCAAUAAUUAGUUGCCCUAUUCUAUGUAACUUGGAUCAAAUUAAGUACUGAAUUUCACUUUUGUUAAUUAAUUAAGUGCAAUUGUGCAUGGUUAAUUGUUGAAUCUCUUUGAAGCAAA